AUGUGCGACGGUGCAAGACUGAAUGCGGUGGGUAAGGGCCUUCACGUGCUGGGUCGGGUGCCACCAACCGUGAGUGCGUCCGUCACAGCACUGUACCUAAGCCAGAACAGCUUGCGAUCGCUCGAAGGCAUCGAGCAGUUUUCAGCUGUGCGAUUGCUGUCCGUGGGUGGGAAUUUGAUCGCGUCCGAGAAGGAGGUGGCAAUACUGAAUGAUCUCGCACAACUCCGGAAUCUCAAUUUGAUGGGAAAUCCGCUCUGUGACCAGCCGAACUACAGACUGCGGAUUAUCGCAAUGCUUGACAAGCUGCAGGUCUUGGAUAAUAGCGAUAUCACCAAGAAAGAACGAGAUGCAGCGCCUCAUGUAGCAGCACAAGACAACGCUUUAAGAGGAAUGGUCUCGCAGAACCAUUUCGGUAUUCAAAAGCUGCAACGGAUCGCGCAAUUGAUUUCGUUGCACAAGGCGUUUUAUGGACGCGUGAUGGCAGGAGUUGCUGCUGGGAGGUUUGAUCGCGUACCAAGUCCGAACGACGUCGCUUGUAAUGUGUCACUGUUCUUGCGACUGUGGAAGUACGAAGAUGCACUAUCUGAAGAGGAGCAGGAAGCGCUGAAGGUGCAAAUGCUUACGAUUAUUGUCCGCACACAUGCAAAACUAGCUAAAAAUCCGAAAGUGAAAGCGACGGAGUAUUUGCUUAAGCUAGCGAACGGGUCCUCCCCACGAGCACAGCGCAAAGGUGGUCUUUCGAACGACAUAAAGCAGCAUUGUGCGUCAUGGGAAGACGCCUACGCCAAUGUGAUCGCAUUACAGCAAAAUACGAUUGCCAAUCUGCUUGCGAUCUGCGAAAAGAACCGCAAAGAGAUGGUAGAAUACCUGAAAGAACUCCUCUCAAUGGAUCCAAGGCAGCGGAGUAAAAUGGCUGGCGGUCGACGUACGGAACGAAACGCUGAUGAGCUGGAAAUGAAGCCGCCGCCUCAUCAAAACCAACAUCAAGCGCACGCUCAGAUGGGAUCACAUCUUCGUGAAAGGCGGAAUUCUCUCGAUAGUGAUGCACGAUCUAGUCAGCAUCAACUUCCACCGCAGCAGCAGGACCCCGAUACUUCGGAAAAGGGAGUAGAAACCGCAUAUCCGAGAUUUCUGCCUCCACCACCAGCCUUUACGAGACAUCCAAGACAACACCAGCCAACGAAAGUGAGCGAAGCAGAAGCUAAUCGCAAGGCGAAUCUUCGCAGUGGAGAUUUCGCGAAUAAAUCUCUCGGUGAGGCGAUUCAAGCUUCUCUACCGAGCAGAAUACCACAAGUUCAACGAGUGUACUCCAUGGAACGGCAAGACAAUGCUCCCUUACCCCCGGGACUCAUCGAGAAACAGCGUUCUUCAUUUCAUAGGCAUCUUGGUGAGCGACAACAGUCUUCAACUUGCUUCAACAAUGGUGGCCACGAGAUGAGUAGAGGUCACGGUGAUACCGAAGUUACAAGCGAGUUCAACUAUAGUCAACGCCGUGUAUCAUCUGCUUUCACACGGGAAGACCUAGAUAUGACUAGCAUUAGUGCUAUCAGCCACGCUUCUUCGUCACCUCGUCGAGCACGUCGUGGUCACGAAGAACCCUAUAUCCCUAUCACGAAGAGCCCACCCAAUCCACUAGCUACAGCUCAACCAUUAAAGCACGUUCUACCAGCCCAAGCACCGGAACCUCCACGCAUUCCUGAGCAGAUAAAACCAGUGAUAUCGCUCAGUGAGGGCCGGAUGCACGAGCUCGAGCAACGAGAAGAGAAGUAUAUCCGAGCGUUAAUGCAGUCGGAACAACGAGAGCUAGAUCUCCGGAACAAUCUGUCCAGUGUUCAGCGGAAAUUGUCUUCUUAUCAACGGACACUGGCUCAACAGCUUCAUGAGCGUGAGGCGCUUAAAGAAGAGAUGGCUCAACGUACGAUGGCUGUUGCCACACCGAAGAUCCUCAAGCGGUUCUUCAUCCGCUGGAUCCGAUUCUACAAUUGGUCUCAACAGAUCAGACAUGUUCGAAGGAAGCGUUGCUUUAUCGUCCAACACAAUCAUUUCUGGCAAUGGAGACGUAAAAUCUGGAUGCAACAAGAACUACGAGUCUGUUUGAGGAAGCAGCAACUUCGAAUACGAAGAAUUCAUUUCUCCGAAUGGGCCAAUAUUACGAGAGUGAGUGUGAUCGCAAGGCGCAAUGAGAUGAUGCGUGAAACUCGGUUUCUCGAUAGUAUUUUUCGCGCAUGGGCUAGCGGCGCUGCUUUAAUAAAGCACGAAAGAGAAUUACUGGACCAACAGCGAGAUCGUAUGAUACACAACCUUCACCGUGCGUGUUUCCGUGAAUGGAAACGUACAACCAGAUACAAACGAACGGUCAGGAAAGUGCAAGAUUUACGCUGGCAGGAUUCUCGACGUAUCAAUAAACAAACGGUAUUUUGGAAAUGGAAGCUGUUCCUGUAUUCCGUUGCUAGGCCUCUUCAAGAACGGGCAGCGCAGUUUGAGUACCGAAAACAAUGCAGACAGACACGUCUGUACUUCCGUGAGUGGUGCAAGUUGAUCGAGAUUGACAGGCUGUGUAAACUCAGGCUACGUCGGCGAAUUUGGAGACGUUGGGUGGAUUGGCGUCGGCGAGUUCUAAGUAAAAAUUACGCUGCUCAUCGAGAGAAACUUGCUUUGGUUAAAGAUUUCUUUUGUGCGUGGCAUGUUACCGCAUCUGAGCAAGCAACGUCGAGACGGUCUUUGAAUUUGGCCAAGCGCUAUGUGAAUCGUAGGCGUCUUCGGAAGUUGUGGAUGCAUUGGAAAUAUUUCUCGAUGGCCAAGCGGAAGUAUACGCAAGAUUCUACGAAAGCUCUAAAACAUUAUUUCAUUAAGUUGUUACGCAUUUCGUGGUGUGUAUGGAAAGAGCGAGCACAUACCAACUUGCAGAGAGCCAAGACCAACAAGUACGGGACACUCCAGCGUCAUUUUGACACUUUUCGAGCUGGUAUUCGAUUAGUGAGAGUGCAAAAGGCACGAGCAAGGAUGCUAGCACAUGCCGAAAAGCGGCGGCAAUGGUCACUUCUCCGACGAAUUUCACGAAGUUGGAGAGGAUACAGCUCAAGUAAGAAGCGCUGCAAGCAGCACGCCCAACUCCUGUCACUUCAACGGAAGCAGGGGGUUCUCAAUGCUGUUUGGCGACAAUGGAAAAGUCUUUACGUGGUUCAGUUACACCAGCAAUUGAAAAUGUUACGACAGAUUUACGACAGUGCUGUUCACGAAAAGCACGAUCUGGAGGCUCAUCUCCAGGCUGCGAAGGACACUGCUGUGUCUCUGUCCGACCAAGUUGAAAUUUUUCACGAGCGCUCCAAGGGUGAUAACCAGCAAGUUGUAGACUUGGAGCAGAGUUUACGUCUUUGUGAAAAGAGAAACGCUUCUCUUGAGAUUGAGCUAAAAAAGGCAAGAACUGCUAUUGAACAGGAGCGACGGAUGUGGGAAGACGCUCUGUGUGAUGAAGAAGAAAAGCGAGAGAAUGCUAACGUCAAAUAUCGAUCUCUUGCUCAGGAGAACCAAGUGCAACAAGUUCGAAUGAUCGAGUUGAAGAGAGAACUUGAAGCUGAGAAGGCUAAAGUGGCUGGAGUGGAAAAAGUCAACGAGGAUCUACGUGCUGCUUCAGAGAAUACAGCUCAAGUGCAUGACGAUGAGAUGACGGUCACGGUUGAAAAGCAGAAGGAGCUUGAACGAGAGAUAGCUGAACUUCGAGGUCACUUGAAGGAACGAGAAACCGAGCGAGAUGAUACAGCGAAUCGUCUCCAGGAGUAUGAAAAGCGGAUUGCUAGUACAUGUGAAGCCAUGAACGAACACGAACAAGCACACGAACGUGAAAACGAACGCUUGCGGACUGAAUGUACAAACAUCGAAGAGAAACGGAAGGAAGAGCAAGUGAAGAAUGCAGAGCUGAGUCGACUACUGCAAGAGAAGAAUCAGCUGAUUUUAAACAUGACUCACCGCAUUAACAAUGCGGAGUCAACCUCUCAGUCGAAUCUAUUUGACCCACGUCUUGGACACGAGCAGUGCGAUAAUCUACAUAGUAACCAAGAAGACUGCGGUAGAAGAGACCAUCAAGCAACCGCUAUAGCGGAAGAAGUCCUGAUCGAUAGACACACUAGCAAGGUUCAUGAAGACAUUCGACUUCUUCAGGAACGAAUAUCUAAGAGAUUGGAACAGGCUCCCGCGUAUGCUCAGCUUCCUCCUCGACUAUUGCAAAGGGCACGAGGAGGGCUUACAGAUUGA